AUGAGCCUGCAAUUUGCAAUUGUAAAGACGCAUCAGGCAUUCAAAGCAAGUAUCUCCUUGGAUCCAAAGGUCAGGGUACCGGCACCUGUGUUCCUCGACUGUGAAUAUCGGAAUUGGUCGGAUGUGGUAAGCUUCGCUUUGAUAUCUUACUGCAGGACCAUCAUUUGCGCCAUGAUACAGAGAUAUACCAUGGAUGCGCCCAUCACAUGGAUUGUGAUACUGAGUCCUCGGGAAGAAUGCUGUAUAUCCAUAGUGACAUGGUCAAGCGCAAGUGAUGGAUUGUAA